AUGCUUCACUAUAAAAUCACACAAGCAACUGCUGCACUCUUUUUAGCUGUUGCUGCCUCAGCGCAAUCUGAAUCUGCUCAGUCUGCUCAAGUUCCAGUGGUUGACCUUUCAGCGCCCUACUCGACUAACGAAAUUCCUGGAAAUCGCAGCUUCGAUGCGCCGUUCUUCGUCGAGGAUGACACCUUCCCUAGGAUACAAAUAUUCGAUGAGAAGUUCAAGCAGAUAGUGGGUGAUGAGCCAACGAUCCAUUCCAUCGCGAAAUCUGCCAACGACUCAUUCAACGCAUUCCACGAAGCUCCACUUGUUCGAGGCGAUCUUGUAUACUUCAGUUCUAAUGCAGGCAGUGGUGGCAGUGGCCCGGAUCGGAAUAACAGACUACUGCAUGUAAACUUAACAGAGAUUGAGGAAUUGCACGGCGAUGGUAAUAUUACUGUCACAUACAACGAACCAAGUGACCGGAUUCAAAUGAUAAACGGUAUGGCGCCAUAUCUAAACGAUUCAAUGAUUAUUGCGACAGAGGGCCGCGAGAACGCCGGUGUCGAGCCUGGUCUUUUCCGCUACCAGCCUGAAACGAACACUACCACUCCCCUUCUGACAAGCUUUUAUGGCAGACGAUUCGACUCUCUUAAUGAUCUCAAGAUCCAUUCAUCCAACCAAGUCAUCUUCGUUGACAGUCUUUAUGGGUUCUUGCAAGAUUUCGCACCGUUCCCAGAACUGCCGGAAAUGGUUUACGCAUUCGACAUGGAUACUGGCAAGGUUAGGCCGUUAGCUACAGACUUUGUGCAUCCUAAUGGUAUAGCAUUGAGUCCAGAUGAGUCGGUAGCCUAUGUCACGGACACAGGUGCUCAAAAUGGCACUGUCAACACUCAUCUUCCAGCCAGUAUAUACGCAUACGACAUCAAGAACGAAGAUGGCUUCCUCACAUUCAACAACCGUCGUAUCUUCGCACAUGCAUUGACGGGUGUUCCAGAUGGUAUACAUUGCGAUGAUGAGGGUAACGUUUGGUCUGGCGUUGGUGAUGGCGUCGCAGUGUGGGAUAAGCGCGGUGAGUUAUUGGGCUUGAUCAACAUUGGAACCACAUCUGCCAACUUCGUCCUCGUCGGGGAUGGUCUCAUUAUCGUUCUCGCUGAGACUGAGAUGUUUGCUGUGAGGUUAGACUCAUCUCUCAAUCCCGCCAAACUUCACUAUGCGGAGUAG